AUGGAAGCAAAGCCUCCUACCACCAAGAAGGAGUUGCAAAAGCUCUUGGGUUCAUUCAUGUAUGAUAUUGAUGUCCGAUUGUUCAUCUCAAACCUAGCAGGAAAGAUUCAGGUCUUUUCUCAACUCUUAAAGCUGAAGGACCAAGACACUUUUGUUUGGGAGGCAAGCAAUCAGAAGGCCUUUGAUGAGAUCAAAGGCUAUUUAGCAAUGGCUCUAGUCCUUAUGCCUCCCAUCAAGAACAAGCCUUUAAAGCUCUACAUCUCAGCAGCUGAAGGCUCUAUUGGAGGCCUUUUAGCUCAAGACAAUGCUCAAGGAAAGGAACAAGCAGGCUUAGCAGAUUUUCUUGCUGAUCAUCCAUAUGUGGAUAUCGGGGAUGAACCUGAGGUAGGACUGAGCUCACUCGAAGUAUCACUCACUCCUUGGACACUGCUCUUUGAUGGGUCAAGGACUCAAGAGGUCUCAGGCUAUGGAGUAAUUAUCAUUUCUCCCCAAGGCCUGAGGACUGAGUUGUCCUUUCAGUUUGAUUUCCCAUGUACAAAUAACCAAGCUGAAUAUGAAGCAGUCGUUAUAGGCCUUGAAAUCCUUAGGGAUCUAGAGGCCAGAGAAGUAAGGGUUAUCGGGGAUUCAAACCUUGUAAUCAAUCACUUGGCAGGGAUAUUCAAAUGCUAUAGUGAGGACUUAGCUCCUUAUUAUAUGGCAGUUGUGCAAUUAAUGCAAGAUUUUGACAAUGUGACUAUCAAACACGUUUCAAGGAGUAUGAACACUGAAGCCAACAGCUUGGCUCAAGCCUCAACAGGCCUGAAGAGAAGGGGUCUAGGACUGGAGGUAUUUACUUCAGACUUCACGGGAGAAGAGUCGGAUGACGAGCCUGAGAACGAUUGGCGUACACCUCUUAUUUCUUUCCUCAAGAGGCCUCAUCAUAGAGCCUCUAGGAAAGUAAGGAGGAGAGCCAUAAGCUAUAUCCUCAUAGGAGAUGAAUUAUACAAGAAAAGCCCUGAAGAUGACUUACGUUUAACAUGUUUAGGGCACCCAGAAGCCAUAAGGGUCAUCAGUGAAGUCCAUGAAGGAGUCUACGGAGCCCAUCAAUCAGAGAUAAAGAUGAGAUGGCUAAUCCGAAGGAAUUAUCAUGCUGUAGUCAAACCUUGGCCAUUUAGGGGCUGGGCCCUUGACGUAAUUGGAAAAAUUUAUCCUCCUUCUUCUAGGAAUCAUGCUUACAUCUUGGUAGCCACGAAUUACUUCACUAAAUGGGCAGAGGCAAUGCCAUUAAAGUCUGUGGAUCAACAAGAGCAGAACAUCAUCGUUUCCAACUCCACUCCUUAUUAUGCACAAGGAAAUGGCCAAACCGAAUCUACUAAUAGGACCUUGGUCAACAUUAUUGAGAAAAUGGUAGAGGAUAAUCCAAGGGCUUGGCAUGAAUUACUUUCUGAGGCCCUAUGGGCCUAUAGAACCUCAAAGAAGGAAGCCACCAAUAUAACUCCUUAUAUGUUGGUAUAUGGGCACGAUCCAGUCCUAACAAUGGAGGUAGCAGUAAAGUCAGCAAGGAUAGCAUAUCAACAUGGCCUCACUCCUGCAGAUUAUACUCAGGCCAUGCUAAUAGAGCUUGAGGACUUGGACGAAGUUAGGCUCGCAGCUCUUGACCAUAUGUUGGUUCAAAAAAGAAUAGUUGCUAGGUCUUAUGACAAAUGUGUGAGAAGGGAGAGCUUUUCUGAAGGUGAUUUGGUUUGGAAGGUUGUCUUUCCCUUAGGGGAAAAGAAUUCAAGAUAUGGCAAAUGGUCUCCAACGUGGGAAUGA